GGCUGCCAGAGCUGAGCUGAGAGCGGCCAGCAGCUCCUCACUGAGCCGCCAGCAGCCGGAGUCUGGAGGAGCAAACUAACAGCCCUCUGUCUGUGUCAGUGAGUGGAUUGAGACAGGGAAGCUGGGCUGAAGUCACCGAGAGCAGCGCUCAGUGUGUGUAGCCGGUUUUCGGCAGAGCUGUCAGUUCUUCUCUCCGCCACAGGAAAAGUGUUGAUCCCAAGGACGGUCACAACUCAAAGCUUGAGAAGCUCAGGAAGAGGAGAAGACGCGAUGAACGCAAUCAGAGAUUAUUUUCCAGUCCUGCUCGUUUUGGUGGCUCUGGUGACGGACGGGGACUCUAAAGCAUCUGCCUCUGAGGACAGUACAUCUAUCACAUCAGGGGGCACUCCAGAGAGCGGGGCAAACCUGUACCCCACCACCCAGAACACAGACAGAAUGCUCCCCAUGAUCACCACUGCUUCACCCAUUAAUGUCCCAAAUCACCACCCACUCUACAGAAACCCUCCCCAGCACCAGGCCCCAGUGGGCCCUCAUGUUCAGUCACAUUACUUUGAAGACAGUGGAGGAUCCACCUUUUCUAAAAUACCAUAUGGUACUCCACUGGAUAAGAACAAUAAAAAAUCUUCAGAUAAAGGUGCUGAAAGCUCCAACAUGCAAGCAACCCAUACCGUGCAUGCAUUAGCAACCGCUUUUCACUCCGACACCCACGUUCCCAUGAGCAGCACAGUUUUAAAAGACCCAGAACACACUACCAUCAUCUCUGCUACUGCUACUUUUGCAAGGGAGAAAGAUAUAAGGCCAGGCAGUGAUGAAGAAGAGACAACCACCACUACCAUCACCACCACCACCAUCAUCACCACCAUGCAGAGUCCAGUUCCCUGUCAGCUAAACCUGACCAGGCCAGAAGGAUACAUAGAGGCUCCACCACAGUCCAGCUCUGCUUUUCACUCCACUAUGGACUGCAGCUACAUCAUCACCGUUUAUAUGGGCUAUGGAGUGGAGGUCCAGGUGAUGAAUGUGAAUCUAUCUGAGGGAGACAAGGUGGUGUUUGAGGAUGUGGGCCACCGGGAAAACACCAUGCUGGCCAACGAGUCCAUUCUGAUGAGGGGGUUGGUAGUACGAAGCCACAGCAAUCAGAUCUCUAUCCGCUUCCAUAACCCGAGGUCUCAGGCUGGAUCAGUACUACUCAGAUACCAAGCCUUCGUGUUGAGCUGUGUCUUCCCCCAGCGGCCUCUCUAUGGUGAUGUAUCAGUGAGCAGUCUCCACUCUAGAGGGAAAGCUUUCUUUUCCUGUCUGACCGGCUACCGACUUCAAGGAUCCAGUGUGCUGACCUGCCACAAUGCUAGCACCCCCUACUGGAGUGGCAAGGAACCAUACUGCCUUGCUGCCUGUGGUGGUAUAAUCAGGAACAUCACAGUUGGGAGGAUUGUCUCUCCUGGUUUUCCCAGCAACUACAGCAAUAACCUGACCUGCCACUGGGUGCUGGAGGCCCCUGAGAGCCAGAGACUGCACAUCCACUUUGAGAAGGUGGCGUUGGCUGAGGAUGAUGACCGACUGCUGAUAAAGAAUGGCAACAGCAUUGAUGCCACUGUGCUUUAUGAUUCAUAUGAGGUGGAAUAUCUGCCUAAUGAAGGUCUCCUCAGUACAUCCAGGCAUCUCUUUAUUGAGCUCACUACAGAUGCUACAGGCACAUCCACUGGCAUUGCCAUCAGAUACCAAGCUUUUGCAGCAGGCCACUGCUACGAACCCUUUGUGAAGUACGGUAACCUGACCAGCAGUGACAGCACUUGGGCAGUGGGGGCUGUGGUGGAGUUUGCUUGCGACCCUGGCUAUACUCUGGAACAGGGAUCCAUUACCAUUGAAUGCAUGGACCUCAACAAUCCUCAGUGGAAUGAAACAGAGCCUGCUUGCAGAGCUGUGUGUAGUGGUGAGAUCACAGACUCAGCUGGGGUGGUGCUGUCUCCUAACUGGCCUGAAGCCUACGAUAAAGGCCAGGAUUGUAUCUGGGGAAUCCAUGUUGAGGAGGACAAGAGGAUCAUGCUGGACAUUCAAGUGUUGAACAUCGGUAAGAAUGACCUAUUGACGUUUUAUGAUGGAGAUGACCUUACAGCCAAAGUGCUGGGUCAGUAUGGAGGAUCAAAGCCAUGCUUCAAGCUCCACACCACUACUGCAGAUAUCACCAUCCAGUUCCAGUCUGACCCUGCCACUAAUGUCUAUGGCUAUGGCAAUGGCUUUGUGGUUCACUUCUUUGAAGUGGCUCGUAAUGACACCUGCCCUGAACUCCCUGAGAUCUCUAAUGGCUGGAAAAGUACAUCUCACCCUGAGCUGGUUCAGGGCACCGUGGUCACCUACCAGUGUUACCCAGGUUAUCAAGUGGUGGGCGCUGAGCUGCUCAUGUGCCAAUGGGACCUCACCUGGAGUGGAGACCUCCCAAGCUGCGAGAGAGUGGUGUCGUGUGCUGACCCUGGAAAGGUGGAACACAGCAGGCGGGUGCUAUCAGGUCCACAUUUCAUUGUGGGUUCAAGCAUCCAGUACAUCUGUGACAAGGGCUUCACUCUGUCUGGUAACAGUCUGCUCACCUGCUUCAACCGAGGAUCCUCAGGCCCCAUGUGGAACCAGAAGCUGCCGAGAUGUCUGCCUGAGACCUUCGAGCCCUGCAGUCACCCAGGAAUCCCCACCUACGGGAUCCCCAGCUCCAACAAGAUCCACUUCCAGGCAGGAGAGACCCUGCACUACUCCUGCCUUACUGGCCACCAGCUCCUGGGUGAGCCUGUUCUCCACUGUGUCCCUGGGCACCCAUCGAAGUGGAGUGGACUGCCACCUGUCUGCAAAGCCCGCCCAGCAGAGCAUGAUGGGAACAGAUUUGAUGUAUCUACAGCUCACCUAAGGAUGGAGGGAGUCCAAGUAGCAUUUGCUACCUUCAUCCCUGUCAUCCUUCUCCUCAUUGUCAUCAUUGGGAUCUACCUCUACUUCUCAAAGGCUCAGAGGAAGCCACAGCAACUCUCCCUGUCCUCCAGUGUACCAUAUGAAAACAUCACUGGAGAAUCUACAUUUGAUAGCUCUAUUCAUGAGACAACGGUGAGUCAACAUGCAGUGCUUUGGGAGUUAACUUCUUGUCCUAGGAAUUAGUGUACACAAGCUUAUACCUUUGACUUCCUACCACAGAAGCAGAUAUUCUGUAACAGUUGUUUAUCACUUCUGAUGACUGAACUUGGUUCAUGCUGAUCCGAAAGCCCCCCCACUGUUAGUUACCUGAUAUUGUAAAUGGGAAACAUGAAUGGGCCACUUACUUCUGGUACCAGAGGUAAUCAAGAUGACACUUUCCACUUUGCAAAGCUAUUGAUUUUGCACAAACCAGUUGGGCCUGGAGCUUACAGAGGCACCUGGACAGAGUAGGUGAUAGCCAGGGAGCAACAGACCUCAAGUGCAUCAGAUGGUUUUGUAACAUACUUUCAUGAAAACUGGGGCCGGAAAACUGUGUGAUUACAUGAAAAUGUCUUAUUUGGUGAAAAUAAAUGUAUCAAAUAACAUGUUCUCAUGUAAUCACAUAGUUUUCUGACACUGAUUACAUGCAAAUAUGUUAUUUGAUACAUGUAUUUUCACCACUAAAGUACAAACAGCUCUUCUGUCCAGUGGAAAUUCUCCCAAUUUUUCAAGAUGUGGUGUCAGACCAUUACUGUAUGUGGUCCAAAUGCCAGAGAAACAAAAAGAGGCAAUGACUCAUUAAAUGAAUAAAAUCCUCUAGAAAGACUUUUGUGACAGUAAAUCUGGUCUUUAAAAUAUCAGUUUUUCUCUCAGUAUUUAAUACUUUUGGAAGCAGCUAGAUGCUGUGGGCACUAAGUUUUCACACUGAACAUUCCCUAUCAAACCUUUUCAAGUCAAGUUGAAAAACAUUUGGAUCUUUGGAAAUGUAGAUCAUAACUUCCAUAAGGUGAUGAUUCCUUAUAACAACCAUUGAGCAGAAGCAACACCUUUGUGUCUGUGAUUAAGAAACAGGAAAUACCUACCAAGAUAUGGCUGUUUGAUAAGGUGCAACAAUAUAACAACUUAUGACAUUCUUUCUUUGUCCUGAGUUAUGCUUUUUCUUUAUCCUCCAUGCUGGCAAUCCUGAAGAACAAUGAGGUGAGUUAAUACUGUCAUAAAUGCCUGGAUGCUACACAGUUAAUACUUUGCAAAUACCAUUAAGUGUUGUGGACUAAAAAAAAGACAUCUGAUGACACUAUAUUUGUCUCCUGCAAACCACCACUCAGUGUAUCCUACUGACAGUACUAUGUGUUUAGCAAUGCCAUCAAGGUGUAAAAACUAUUUAAAAUACAUAAGUGAACCACACGUAUGCCUUGACUAUCAUGAACACAAACAUUGUAUUUUAUUUUCAGUCAGUCCCACUCACGCGGCCCUGCUGCCUCAAAUAUCGUCUAGAUCGCCAAAUUGGAUUUGACUAAUCCAUGGCUGAAAAUAGUGCACCAUUUUCUCCUGUUUAAAUAGCAUUUGUUAAAAAUCAGUGUCCAGCUAUUUUUAAGGCUUUUCAAAAAAGUGAGCCUAUAUACAGUUUUUCUGCACCCUUUUUCAAGAAAAGAAUCAGUGGAACAAUUCAGAAAAGACAUAAUCAGGAACAGCACAAAAUCGUUAAAAAAAAAAUCGACCACCUACACAUUAUUGCAUGAAUGAUAAUAACCUUAUAACCUGUACAAUUCAAUCUUAAUAAUUUACUUCGCUUACAUAACAUUUUCAUUGACUUUACUUGCAACAGCAUGUUUUAAUGUAGUGGUAUUAUUAUUUUUAGUCAAGUAAAGUGACAGGAAUACGACCACCACAGCAAAAAUGUAGAAUAACACUUGUUUUGUCACCACUGUAUCAUUUCUUGUACAUUAGGAUUUCAUGUUUCUAUGACUUAUGACAUUGGAAUUCAUUCUAUUCUGCUAUUUUGUGCCAGUGUAGAAUCUACCUUACAAAAAGAGUUCAGUUUCACUAUAAUUGAAAUCACUAAAUGUACUGAAUUGGGUAGUGGAUUUGGGGUUGAGAAAAUAUUUGGCAACUGCUUCUGUAACCGAACAUAUUCAUUCUCUUCACAGGAAACAAGAGAAUACGAGGUUUCAAUCUGAAGUCGCCCUUAUAUGUGUGCGCAUGCAUUCGUGUGUGUGUGUGUGCGUGCGUGCGUGCGUGCGUGCGUGCGUGUGUGUGUCACUCCUUUGGUGACUCCCUCGACACCCUCACAAUGUUGUCUGUACACUGAAUAUGAGCCUCCCUUUAUUUACCCAACAGAGGACAAAUCAGCACCCCAGGAACACCUGGGCCAACCGGAUUAUUUUUAUAGCUCUUCAACAGUAAAGGUCCAGUAGCAUUAACUUGUACAGUUUUUAAUCCUGUGCUCGCAUGCUGGGAACUUUCAGACACCAUCUGAGAAAGCAGAAGGAAUCAAUGCAAAGCUAGUGCCAUUAUGAGCAUAUAACCACAUAUGUUAGGUUGUGUUAUGUACAUUAUACACUAUGUCUUCUGCCACCAUCAAAAGAUUAAUGCUUUUGGGAUGUAUAAGAUCUUAGAAAUAAAUGUCACAGACACAACAGUAUUAACUUUUAUCAAAGUAUGCCCAAAACUGCUCUUUGAACUGAUGAACCUUAUGAGAAAAAAAAAUCAUAAUGUGCCUUAAUGUAAAAGGCCCUUGAAGAAAAAACUUAACAAAAUAUAUUCAGAUUGACCAUUCUCUUGUCUCUAUAUUCAGUAUAGAGGUGAAGUCAGAGUGUUGUUAACCUAGCUUAGCAUAGAGACUGGAGGCAAGAGGAAACAGCUAGCUUGUCAUGAGCCCAAAUACACCAACCAAUAGCUUUGAAGCUCAAUCGAACAUGCUGUACCUGUUAGUACACACUCAAACACAAAAUCAUGAAAGCAAAAUUUUGCAGUUUUAUGUAUGUAAUGUUUUUUUGACACAUAAUGCUUCAUCCAUUUGCCAAGUAUGGACAUUGAAGAUUGUUCUGUUGUGACAUGCUGAAAAAAGCUGGACCUAGCAAAGUCUCUAACACUGUGGAAACAUGCUGUGCUACUUCACACCAAAGCAACACUACCUUACUAGACCUUACUAUUUUACUCCUACCAGGUCCAUACAGAGCUAACAUUAGCUACAUUGUGCUAACAGGGCAGAUGUUGUUUUUAAAGUAUAAAAAUUAAACUGUCAGGAAUGUUUCAUAACAGCAUCCUGUGAAGGAUUUGUUAGUGUAACUCCUGAACAUCAAACACAGGAGAACUACGUGUCUAGACACAAAUCCCUGCUUAUGCUUUCCAGAGGAAAAUUUUACUGCUCAAAGCUUGCUCGUCAGAGACAAAGGUGUGAUUCUCAUUACAGCCCAAUUUUGUUUUAAAUAAAUAAAUAAAAUGUGUUUGUUUGUUUCUGUUUUGUCUGAAAACUCACAAAUUCAGAAGGAGAAAUCAGUGAGACAGUAGGACAAUAAUUAGCAACCGGAGUCAUACUUACCUUACCUUCAUUUAUUUCUCAUAUGAGCUACAUGUGAGCUCUAUAUGAGAUUUAUGUGGUGCACAUCAUAUGUUAUAUAAUAUAUAGCAUGAGUCCUGUUGCUAAUUGUCCUCCUCUUGCCUCACCUAUUUCUCCUAGUGAAUUUGUGAGUUGUAGGGGGGAAAAAAGAAAUAUAUCCAUCCAUGCAUCCAUCCAUCCAUUAUCUAUACACUGCUCAAUCCUUAUGAGGGUCGCGGAGGGCUGGAGUUUCUAUCCCAACUGAAUUGGGGUGAAGGCAGGGGACACCCUGGACAUGUCACCAGUCUGUCGCAGCCACCAAGCCACUGUGCAGCCCAGAAACAUAUUAGACAAAUUUUAUUUAUCGAAAAUAAAAUGAUUCUGAAAUGAGAAUCACAUUUUUUCCUCCCGAGCUAUAAGGAGCAAACUUUGAGCAGUAACAAUUUCCUUUGGGUUUACAAAGACAAGACUGUGAUGUUUUUGAAUAGGAGUCAUUUGUUAUAAUGCUUUGUUGGAUCAUCAUUGGAAUUGUACUUUUAGAUAUUACCCCACUGGUUUAAUUGCCUACCAACUGUAUGACUGGUGGAUUUAAAUAUUUGCAAAGAUGGACAACACAUCACAACUUCAUCCCGCUGUAUAAAAAUGGAGCCUAAUAUACUACAUCGCCAAAAGUAUUUGCUCACCUGCCUUGACUCGCAUAUGAACGUAAGUGACAUCCCAUUCCUAAUCCAUAGGGUUCGAUAUGACGUCGGUCCACCCUUUGCAGCUAUAACAGCUUCAACGCUUCUGGGAAGGCUGUCCACAAGGUUUAGGAGUGUGUUUAUGGGAAUUUUGGACCAUUCUUCCAGAAGUGCAUUUGUGAGGUCACACACUGAUGUUGGACCAGAAGGCCUGGCUCUCAGUCUCCUCUCUAAUUCAUCCCAAAGGUGUUCUAUCGGAUUGAGGUCAGGACUCUGUGCAGGCCAGUCAAGUUCAUCCACACCAGACUCUGUCAUCCAUGUCUUUAUGGACCUUGCUUUAUGCACUGGUGCACAGUCAUGUUGGAAGAGGAAGGGGCCAGCUCCAAACUGUUCCCACAAAGUUGGGAGCAUGGAAUUGUCCAAAAUGUCUUGGUAUGCUGAAGCAUUCAGAGUUCCUUUCACUGGAACUAAGGGGCCAAGCCCAGCUCCUGAAAAACAACCCCACACCAUAAUCCCCCCUCCACCAAACUUUACACUUGGCACAAUGCAGUCCGACAAGUAUCGUUCUCCUGGCAACCGCCAAACCCAGACUCGUCCAUCAGAUUGCCAGAUGGAGAAGCGUGAUUCAUCACUCCAGAGAACGCGUCUCCACUGCUCUAGAGUCCAGUGGCAGUGUGCUUUACACCACUGCAUCCGACGCUUUGCAUUGCAUUUGGUGAUGUAUGGCUUGGAUGCAGCUCCUUGGCUAUGGAAACCCAUUCCAUGAAGCUCUCUGUGCACUGUUCUUGAGCUAAUCUGAAGGCCACAUGAAGUUUGAAGGUCUGUAGCAAUUGACUCUGCAGAAAGUUGGCGACCUCUUCACACUAUGCUCCUCAGCAUCCGCUGACCCCGCUCCGUCAGUUUACAUGGCCUACCACUUCGUGGCUGAGUUGCUGUCGUUCCCACACACUUCCACUUUCUUAUAAUACAGCUGACAGUUGACUGUGGAAUAUUUAGGAGCGAGGAAAUGUCACGACUGGAUUUGUUGCACAGGUGGCAUCCUAUCACAGUUCCACGCUGGAAUUCACUGAGCUCCUGAGAGCAACCCAUUCUUUCACAAAUGUUUAUAAAAGCAGUCUGCAUGCCUGGGGGCUUAAUUUUAUACACCUGUGGCCAUGGAAGUGAUUGGCACACCUGAUUUUGAUUAUUUGGAUGGGUGAGCGAAUACUUUUGGCAAUAUAGUGUAUCUCAGAUAUAGUUGCUGUUAUCCUAACACUUGGAACAGAGCUAGGCUAGCUGUUUCCCUCUGCUUCCAGUCAUAUGCAAACCCAAGCUGAUCUAAACCUCUUUGUACUUAUACACAGACAUGAAACUGGAAGCAUUUCUGCAUAUAGUAAUGGUAGCAGACACACUUAUGUUAUAUAUCAUGUUGUCAGUAAAUCCCAACACAACAUCCACUUUCGAUGGAAAUUAUUGAAGUUUGAAUUAACUUUAAGAAAGAUGACACUGAUUCCACAUGUUCAUAUAUAAUUUGCAGAAAUAAAUACAAAGGAGUUUUGAUUUCUUAUUGGUUGAUCUCAUCACUUUAGCCUCACAAAUUCAGUUUGAACACUUAUAGUGACAUUGCAAUGUGACAUUACAGCACAUUAAACUUUGUAAAGCUAUAGGAAAGUGCACACUGGGGCAGGCUGCUGUUCUUUUUGCCAUUGCCUGUUUGGAGAUAGUGUCUAAUUUUAUACCAUUGCUGUCAUUUGAAAAUACAGUAUUUAUUGUUCUAUGAUAAUAUGUCUCCAUGCAAGCUGGUAUGAUGACAAUGAUAAUAAUCAACCUAUUUUUGAAUCAUUGUACAUAAAGUACUGAUUAACCUACUUCACAAACGUCUUCAAUAAAAGCGAUUGUUCAGAAAAACA